AUGUUCUUUCGCAAAAGAGAUGAAGAGUCCGAGGUAGAGUCGAUGUCGUCCAAAGCGACAAGUGUCAGUAGUGGAAUUAAGGGUAAAAAACGAAACCUCACAAAAUGGUACGAGCCAUUCGAAGCACCUUUGAACCCUAUAAAAAGGCCUGUUUUCGACUUGACCCCGGAACAGGAAGAGAAAUAUAACCAUUUACUUUCUUACUUUGAGACAUUUGUCACAAAAGAAUUGCCGGUGAACGACAGAUCCGGAGCUGCUACACAUCCGAUAUUAGAACUGGAAAAAGCAUGGCUCACCAAAGAAUGCUUUUUGCGAUACUUGAGAGCUUCCAAAUGGAAGCAACAAACCGCAAUUAAGCGUAUAGAGGAUACUUUGGUGUGGAGACGGACAUUCGGCGUCACGGAAGUUCCUGGCCAUACCGACCCGAAACAAGUAAUUACACCCGAUCUUGUCGAGCAUGAAAACGUUACCGGAAAACAUCUCAUAUUGGGGUACGACAAUGACAAUAGACCUUGCUUGUAUCUUAGAAAUGGAUACCAAAACACUCCUCCGUCUAUGAAACAGGUUCAACAUUUGGUGUUCUACUUGGAAAGAGUUAUUCAAUUCAUGCCUCCAGGACAAGAUACAUUGGCAUUGCUCAUUGACUUCAAGGCAGCUCCUGAACACUUGAAACUCUCAUCCAAGUUUCCGUCGCUUUCCAUCUCCAAGCAGGUGUUGCAUAUUUUGCAGAAUCAUUAUCCAGAACGACUUGGUCGUGGACUUUUCACAAACAUUCCUUGGAUUGGUUACACCUUUUUCAAAGUGGUGGGGCCAUUCAUUGACCCUUAUACUAGACUGAAAACCAUCUAUGACCAGCCAUUUGAAAACUUUGUACCACAGGAACAACUCGACAAGGAAUUCAAUGGGUUGCUUGAUUUCGAAUACAUACACGAGGUAUACUGGAAAAAAAUGAACGAGGUGGCCGACAAAAAGUACAGCGUCUAUUUGGACAACUUUAGAAAGAUGGGUGGUGGCAUUGGAAUGAGUGAGUAUGAUUUGAGAGGAGGAGAGUAA